CUUUAGCGAAUCCCAUGAACCAGACUCCCAACGUAUCUCAACAACGACAUCGUGUUGACGACCGCCCGACCCCAACACCUCCCUGUAAACAAUGGCGUUGAACGUCAUCGCGUUGGUCUCGGGCGGGAAGGACUCGUUCUUUUCGAUUCUGCAUUGCACAGCAAACGGACACAAGGUCGUAGCCCUCGCUAACCUGCACCCCUCGACCCCCAGCGAUAAUGAAGAUACGAACAGCUACAUGUACCAAACGGUGGGGCAUUCCGUGAUUCCGCUUUACGAGCAAGCCCUGGGGAUCCCGCUGUACCGGCAAGAAAUCACCGGUAAGGCCGUUAAUGCGGAGAGGGACUACUCGGCACCGCUGCCGGAGCAAGAGCAGGACGAGACCGAGGAUCUGAUUCCCCUGCUGCAGAAGGCCAUGCGGGCGCACCCCGAAGCCAACGCCGUCUCCACAGGUGCUAUCUUGAGCACUUACCAGCGCACCAGAGUCGAGUCGGUGGCCGUCAGGCUCGGCCUCACCCCGCUAAGUUAUCUAUGGCAGUACCCGCUGCUGCCGCCGUACUCGCAGUCGCAGCUGCUGCUCGACAUGGCGGCGGUUGGCCAGGAGGCCAUUGUCAUUAAGACGGCGUCCGGCGGCCUCGAUGAGCGUAUCCUUGGCUGGAAUGUCGCGGCCCAGAGCACGAUUACGAAGCUGCAGAAAGCAAUGGCGCGGUUCGGCGAGGAGAGCAAUGGUGCGGUGCUCGGCGAGGGCGGUGAGUUUGAGACGCUGGCGCUCGACGGGCCAAGGCCUUUGUGGAAGAAGAGGAUUAGGAUUGAGCCCGGCGCAGCGGGCGUUAGUGAGGGCGGACAGUCGGUGUUGAAGAUGCGGGCGAGCGAGCUGGAGGACAAGAGCGAGGAGGGCGAGGAGCUGAAUCAUGCGCUGAGGAUCCCGGAAAUGUGGGACGAUGAGUUCAAGAGGCUGUUGGAAGUACUGGAGGGCAGCGUCGACACACGCUCGUUUAUGUCGGACGACGCAACGCUCCUGAACGAACCCGUCAUUUCAAGAUGUUCAUUCGACGACCUACCCCGAAACGCCUCUGCGGACACCCCGACGGUCUUCACCUACGCCAACCUCGCCGACACAUCUCGCUCGUCCAUCCACGACGCGCCCUCGCCAUCCCGCCAACUCACCAAAAUCCUGCUGCGUCUCGACCACGUCCUCAAGCAAUGGAACCUCUCCCGCACAGCCAUAAACCAAUGCACGCUACUGCUGCGCUCCAUGUCCGACUUUACCGUCCUCAACCCCAUCUACGCCCAGUACUUCUCCUCCGCUAACCCGCCCGCCCGCGUCACGGUCGCAGUAGGGUCCUGCAUGCCAGAGUCCAUCGACGUCAUGCUCAGCAUCACGCUCGACAAACCCGCCCCGGCGCCACACACCCGCAAACGCAAACCCCCCCGCCCCACGCACCGCCAGGGCCUGCACGUCCAGGGCCUCAGCUACUGGGCCCCCGCCAACAUCGGACCCUACAGCCAAGCCAUCUCCGCGCCGCUGCCGUCGAGCCACUCUGCCAGUCACUCUCCCGGCGCCACGAACUCCCCCGAGAUCGUAUAUGUCGCAGGCCAGAUCCCCCUCAUCCCCGCCUCAAUGCAGCCCCUCACAGCCCACGGCUUCGCCGGUCAAACCGCCCUCGCCCUCCAGCACCUCACCCGCAUCGGCCGCGCCAAAGGCGUGCGCUGGUGGACCCACGGCGUUGCAUACAUCGCCAAGAGCGAGACACCCGAAGAGCGCGUGCGCACUGCACUCGCAGCGUGGAGCGCACUGCAUUCCUCCUCUGACAGCGUCAAGGGAGAGAUAGAUGACGACGAGGACGACGACGAAGACGACGUGGUCGAUCCGUGGGACCGCCGCAACACGCACGCGCCAUCGUUCGUGGACGCGACGCGGCGCGCGCCUGUACCAGACCGGGUUGUGUUGGCGGGGGGUUCAGGCCGCGUGCCGCCGUGCUUCGUGGUCGAAGUUGAGGGGCUGCCGCGGGGUGUAGAUAUCGAAUGGAGCGUCGCAGGGCUCGCGAUACCAGAGAGCACGUCGCAGGCGGUGUGUCUGGCACGGUCGCCGGUGCACCCGGGACUCACGCUUACGACGAUUGUGCCGAGCGAGGGCGGCGGUGGUGGUGCAGGGAGCAGUACCCGCUUCCUCACGCUCGAACUCGCGACGGCUGCCUCGCCUACUCUGCUCCGUUCUCUUGGUGCGGAAAGCGUGCGCGAUUGGACGGCGGCGACGCUGUAUGCUUCGCCUUCUUUUGAGUGGAGUGCGGGCGUGAGGGCGAGUAUGAGUGAGGGGAUGAGCGAGAGUGUGAAUGCUGGGGCCAAGAUGAGCCUCCGCGGCGUGCAGUGGGUGCCGUGUCGGCGGGUGUGGGGCGAAGGAGGGAGGGAGGUUCAGGGUGUGGUUGUGGGGAGGUGCGAUGGUGGGGGAAUGAGGGUUGGGGGUAGAGAUUUUGGGAGGAGGGUGUCGAGGGGGUGAGGGAAGGGAUUGGAGGAAAGGAAGGAGACGGACUGGAAGAAAUGGGUAAGGGGAUGUAAUCGAAAAUCUGGUUGAGGAAUUUAGUCGGAGGACUAAGUCGGAGAAUAUAGUCGAAGGAUAUACUCCAAAAAUCUAGUCAAAAGAACAACCUAAGCAGAGGAAAUAGUGAAUAUCCUCAUGUAGCAGUGCUCUCUUCACCAGCUAGUCUGAUAGCGCUCUAAAUCAAAGUCUCCGUGAAUAAAAUAAUAGGGAAUUUAAUGUGUAUGGUCACGGUGGUUCAGUUCGAACUGUAAUGAUGGCACUUGGUAGUUGCUAGA